AUGAUUCAUUGCUCAGGAAACCUGCUGUAUUCCAAGUCGAUUGGCAAGGCUAGCAUGAAGGAGGGCCGGGACCUGCCGUUCACGGACUCGACCAUCUGCAUUAUCGCGUCGAUGACAAAGCUUAUGACCUCCGUGGCCGUCGUGCAAUGCGUGGAACAGGGGAAACUGGAUCUAGACCAAGAUGUCAGACCCAUGUUUCCCGAGAUGGGCCGGUACGGCAUUAUCAGCGGCUUCGAUGAUAGGACUAACCAGGCCACCUUCGCUCCCAACGACACCCCGAUCACACUUCGAAUGCUCCUUUCGCACACGUCGGGCCAUGAGUAUGAGUGGUUCAACCCGCUGCUCGAGAAAUGGCGCGCCUCGCGCGGUGAAGAGCCCUGGGGCGGGCGGACCGUAGCAGACAAGUUGGCCGUGCCUCUCGUCUUUACCCCGGGAACCGGGUUCGCCUACGGCGCGGGUCACGACUGGGCCGGCAAGGCAGUGGAGAUUGCUACGGGCAUAACCCUCGAGGAGUUCAUGCGCCAGCACAUUUGGGAGCCGCUAGGCAUCGAGAACGACGUGUCUUUCUUUCCCGAGAAGAAGGAAAAUAUGAAGGACCGGCUAGCGGAUAUGAGCACUCUCAGCGACGAAGGGAAGCCCCCGGCUACCGACGUCUCCGACUUCGAUAUCCGGCUUGGAGCAACCGACUGUCUCGGUGGGGCCGGCAUCUUCAUUUCGCCCGCGGCGUUUUACACUUUCCUCUCGGCCGUCUUUCGUCGCGACGGCCGGCUGAUGAAGCCAGACUCGUACGCGGAGCUGUUCCGCCCGCAGCUCAAUUCGACGACCGAGCAAGCCUUCAACGAUUACCUAGACAGCUCGGCUCAGAACACAGAGUUCCUAGCGCUCGGCAUCCCGUCUACCGUCAGGAAGACCUUUUCAUUUGCCGGCAUGGUGACCCUGAGCGAUCAGGAAGGGCGAAGCAAGAAAGGCACUACGUACUGGGCCGGUCUUCCAGGUGUCAUCUGGUUCAUGGACCACGAGGCCGGCACCUACGGCACGGUUUUCUGUCAAAUUCUCCCCCCUAUGUAUCCUCCCAUCCUAGCGCUGCACGUGGAAUUCCAAAAGGCGGUGUUGGAGAUUGCCGAGGGCAAGUAA